AUGGCAGGCACUCCUGCCCUUCCACGCAUUGACGUCGAGGUCUCGCCUGACAACGACAUCAACGAGAUUACCCCAACUACACCACAUCCAGGCAUGGGAGACCAUUCUCCUCGUCUGCUCACAACACCGACCUGGAACGGACGAGAUCGAUCGUUGAGCGGGAGCACUGCGGCAUAUUCGACACUCAAAGUUCCAGACACCUCACAUGGCGAGAAGAGUAGUGCAUCGAGCAUCUUCAGCGAUGUGGACCGAGAGGAUGCACUCAAGCCAGACCCCGGCUCAGAGAGAGACUUCGAGGUCAAGGACAACAAGUUCGCAUUUUCACCGGGCCAGCUCAAUAAGUUACUUAACCCCAAAUCUCUUCCAGCGUAUUUCGCUCUUGGGGGAAUCAGGGGCAUUGAGCGUGGACUUCGGACCAACCUCGAGUCUGGACUCAGCGCGGAUGAGAACACUCUGAAUGGCAAUGUGUCGUUUCAGGAUGCCACUCAGUACAGCGAGAAGGCGAAGCACAUUGGCUGGGACGAGGUGCCACUCAAUCCAGCCGCUCACCAAGCAGCAUCGUCUCCUGGUUCUGGCUCAUUUUCCGAUCGUCUUCGCGUGUUCAGCAACAACGCACUACCGGACAAGAAGCCAACACCUCUGUGGAGGUUGAUGUGGAUGGCGUACAACGACAAAGUACUGAUUCUGCUCACGGUAGCAGCUGUCAUCUCCCUCGCCCUCGGACUUUACGAAACCUUUGGCGCUGAGCACGAGCCCGGUGCGCCUAUGCCAGUGGAUUGGAUCGAGGGUUGCGCUAUCUGUAUUGCUAUCAUCAUUGUGGUGCUUGUGGGCUCCCUCAACGACUACCAAAAGGAGCGGGCAUUCGUCAAACUCAACGCAAAGAAGGAUGAUCGCGAGAUCAAGGUUAUACGUUCUGGAAAGUCAGUCAUGGUCAACAUUGUCGAUAUCAUGGCCGGCGACGUCCUUCACCUCGAACCCGGCGACAUGGUGCCAGUUGAUGGCAUUUUCAUCAGUGGCCACAAUGUCAAGUGCGACGAAUCCUCGGCCACUGGUGAAUCUGAUGCUCUCAAGAAGAUUGGAGGCGAGCAAGUCAUGCGACUGAUCGAAGAGGGCCAAACAGAUCUCAAGCACCUGGACUGCUUCAUCAUCUCUGGCAGCAAAGUCCUGGAAGGUGUAGGCACUUACGUUGCUACAUCAGUCGGUGUCAACUCCAGCUACGGCAAGAUUCUCAUGGCCAUGCGGGUCGACAUGGAAGCCACUCCUCUGCAAGUCAAGCUGGACGGCCUCGCAACAGCCAUCGCCAAGCUUGGUUCGAGCGCAGCUCUACUCCUAUUCUUCGUCUUGCUCUUCCGUUUCGUGGGCGGCCUCUCGAGUAACACCGGAACUAGCUCAGAGAAGGCCUCUCAAUUCCUGGAUAUCCUGAUUGUUGCGGUCACUGUUAUUGUGGUGGCUGUGCCCGAAGGUCUUCCGCUGGCUGUCACACUCGCCCUCGCUUUUGCGACCACGCGCAUGGUCAAACUCAACAACCUUGUUCGCAUUCUGAAGUCUUGCGAAACGAUGGGAAAUGCGACAACCGUGUGCUCGGAUAAGACAGGCACGCUCACGACGAACAUCAUGACCGUGGUCACUGGGCACUUCACUAGCCGUUCUUUCGACGAUAAGAACAAGACCGGAGCUGAAACGACUUCUUCAUCUUUCGCAUCACAGUUGAGCAGUGAUGACCGAAGACGCGUGAUCGAGUCGAUCGCAAUCAACUCUACUGCUUUCGAAACCGAUGACGGUUCUUUCAUUGGGUCCAAGACCGAAACGGCGCUCCUCGCCUUCGCUCGCACUCUCGGUAUGGGUCCGGUCGCCGAAGAGCGAUCCAGUGCUCGGGUCGUUCAAUUGAUGCCAUUCGAUUCUGGUCGCAAGUGCAUGGGAGCUGUGCAGAAGCUGGCAAACGGGACUUAUCGCCUGAUGGUCAAGGGUGCUUCAGAGAUCCUCCUCGGUCACAGCACGAACAUUGCGACCAGCUCUGGAACGCAGGUGCUCGACAGCGCCGAGCGUGAGAACCUCGAGGCCAUCAUCGAUUCGUACGCUAAGCAAUCGCUCCGCACCAUCGCUCUGAUCUCUCGCGAGUUCACCCAGUGGCCUCCUGCUGGCUUUGCCGAUGAGCUCGAUCCUCAAAUUGCCGACAUGGACCUCAUUCUUAGGGACAUGACAUUCGACGGUCUCGUGGGUAUUCAGGACCCUGUCCGACCAGGUGUUCCCGAGGCCGUUGCGAAAUGUCACCACGCUGGUGUCACGGUGCGCAUGGUCACUGGAGACAACGUCACUACUGCCCGAGCCAUCGCGACUGAUUGUGGUAUCUACACUGGCGGUGUUGUCAUGGAAGGUCCUGUCUUCCGAACCCUCGACCAGGAACAGAUGAAUGAGGUCCUGCCAAAGCUUCAGGUUCUAGCUCGAUCGUCUCCCGAGGACAAGCGUAUCCUCGUUACUGGACUUCGUGCACUCAAUGAGAUCGUAGCCGUGACUGGAGACGGCACCAACGACGGUCCAGCUCUCAAAGCCGCCGACAUUGGUUUCUCAAUGGGUAUCACAGGCACUGAGGUCGCCAAAGAAGCCUCUGCCAUCAUUCUCAUGGACGACAACUUCACAUCCAUUCUCACUGCACUUAUGUGGGGUCGCGCUGUGAACGAUGCAGUCCGCAAGUUCCUCCAAUUCCAGGUCACCGUCAACAUCACCGCCGUCAUCAUCACUUUCGUCUCUGCAGUAGCAAACGCCAAUAUGAGAUCGGUCCUCACUGCCAUCCAGCUACUUUGGAUCAACCUCAUCAUGGACUCCAUGGCCGCACUCGCACUGGCGUCUGACCCCCCGACUGAGGAGAUUCUCGACCGCAAGCCGCCAAAGCGACAUGCUCCAAUCAUCUCUAUCACCAUGUGGAAGAUGAUCAUCGGACAAGCUAUCUUCCAGCUCAUCGCCACAUUCCUCCUCUACUACGUUGGCUACAGCAUCCUCAAUUACGGCUUCGACAGCACCGAGAUCCGAUCGGUCGUGUUUAACACGUUCGUCUGGUUCCAGGUGUUCAACAUGUUCAACAACAGGCGUCUCGACAACAAGUUCAACAUCUUCGACGGCAUCCACCGCAACAUCUUCUUCAUCGUCAUCUGUGCCAUCAUGGUUGGAUGUCAGAUCAUGAUCAUGUUCGUUGGCAAGCGCGCGUUCCAGAUCGCGCCCAUCAGCGGCCGGGAUUGGGGUGUCUCGUUGGUCAUUUCGUUGAUCUCUCUGCCAUGGGCAAUCGUUGUCCGCCUGUUCCCUGACUUGUGGUUUGAGAAGAUCGCCAAAUUUGUUGGCAAGCCUGUGGUCCUGGUCUACCGCCCACUCAGCCGCUGGACACACGCAGCCUCAAGAAAGAUCCGCAGCCUUCGCAGGAAGCGGAAGGAGAGCGAGACUGUUGCACAGGUCGCGGAAGAGGAGGAGAAGUUGGAUCAGACCGGCAAGGUGCAGGAUGUUGAGAAGGGAAACCAGUAG